GUACAUUAGAUUUGUUCCGGCUUGUUGUCGUUGUUGCUCCCUCGAGGCCAACAUGCUUCCGGGCCAUCGUGAACUCCGUACUCGCCAAUGUGAGCCGACAAAGCUCCUAUCUGUCAUAAACUCGGAGAAAGAUUUACGCGAGGUGGAGUCCGAGAGCGACAAGAAGGUCUUCACCGCAGCAGAGCUCAUUGAAGCGGGUCUGCAAGAGCCCCCGCCGGCUAUGUUUUACGAGCCGGGAUCGGAAGAGUUGGCGGAGUUUCUGGGAAAUCAAGCAGAUGGAACACCGUCUGAUAACGUCCCUGGUAAACGACACCAUUCGAAUGAGAGGCAGAUCAUCACGCCAUACUCGGCCGUUGAGGAGAUAGACCUAUCAUCAUGGGGAAUAAAUACAAAGCCGAGAGCACUGCUCAUAGGGAGUCAAUGGGACACAGCAGCCACGUCAGUUGAAGAGCGUUGUCGGCGGCAACCGCGAUGGUUGAACCAAGAAGUUGGAUCCGCGACGGUUAUAGACGAGGCUGGGCUCGAUGAACUUGACAUCAGAGCGCCGUUCUUACAUUACGAUGCUACCCAAGACGAUCUUGAUUUCAUUACCACUUGGAAUGCCUCUAAUGAGCCUUCUAUCACUGUCGAUGAGCUCCUUAUCGCUUUUGAUAGCUGGGAGAAGAGAACUCUGGACGCGCCUCCGAUUGACCAGACUGCUGCUAUGCAGUGUCUCGAGAGUAGGGUCAUAGGAACUGAUUCGGACCUGCCGGCCCCCAAGGUCCUCAAUGCACUCUACCAACGCUGGAAGGACGCCCGGGUUGCCAACGAGGGCAAGCCCUUACUGCGGCAGCUUUGGGCUGUUGGGCAAAAGCACACCGAUCCACCGCCUCCCUCUAGGGGCCAUCGUGCUAUGUGGAUUAUUCAGAAUCGAAUAGCAUCUGGUGCGGGAGGCAGUUCAGCUCAGAAAAUGAAGUUACGAAGACCCAGACGGAACACGCGUGAACUGAUGACUAAGUUGGAUUUGGUGGUGGACGACUGGAAUAAGAUGCGUAAUCUUAUAAGUCUGGUCAGUGAGCGUGAGGAGCUCAGAAGGUGGCUGAGUGAGGUUAGUGUAUCGGCGCAAAGGACGGUUCGAGAGGGCCGCGGGGGCAGCGAGAGAGGCGGCGAUUGGGGAAUUCUGCGGAAUCAGAUCAGGGGGUACUAUGCUACGCACGAGAUCGAGCGACAAAUUCGGACGAGGACGGAGCAUUUCGAUGCGAUGGACGCACUGCAUGGGCGGAAGCGGAAGUCAACGGCAAUUACAUCCGAUACUUCAGAGAGCGAAAUGUCAACUACGGAGUCACCAGCCCCGACCACGACGGCUCCUAGUAGUAAAAAGGGGGCAGCAGCGCUUGACAGGCUGCCCUCACCUGAGCUCAACCCCAACGUUGAUUACAUCAUUAAGAUAAGGCGUCGUAUAGGCAGGGACAGGCGAGAAUAUCUAGACAGGGCUAUCAUCCCUAGGGAGCUCGCUCAAGCCACGGAGCAAAGUGACGGGCCAGUGAUAGUCGAUCCAGUAUCGGGAAUGCCUUAUGAUCCAGACCCAUCAGUGUUGGGGUAUACCCCUCCACCCUGGUUUGGCCCGGGGGUUGGAGCUCCGGGCAUGACCGUAUGCCCCCCAGGGGCACUAGGGUUGUCCCCGUCCUGUGCGUCCGGAGAUCUGCAACGAGUUGUGGAUUUCUAUAGGGAAAUUGACAGACCGGAACUGUCUGGACUAGGGAACGCCGAGAUGAACACUUCCGCGAUUGCAUAUGAUUAUCUUGAUCGUCUUUAUGAAGUGACCAAGCUGAAUCAUGAGACCGUCUGCGGUGGUACCUUGGGCACGCAGACUGCGGCUGAUCUACGGUUGCGCAAUACGAGCAACUACCUAAGUGGGGGACAUCGCACACAAGAGCUCCUGGCUGAAGAAUGUGAGAGGAUUCAUCAAUGGAUAACGGACGCUUGGCGUGCAUCUCGUAUAUUGAAAAAUAAGGCGCGUAUAGGAGAGCCCUUGGGGUGGUCCGGUCGACCACAGAACGCAGCAAAUGCACAACCACAUUUAACGCAAGGUGGGGGGAAAGAGGUGAUUGGAACACUUCAUCGUUGGGGUCGCUCACUUGGCCGAAGAUGGCGGUAUGUAUGGCCCUCGCGGGCUUGGCUGGGGGGACGGCAGCUUGCUGUUGUUGUAUGCGACGGAGCUCGAGACAGCACGGCGUUCAACGGCAGAGCAGGGCACAGGAGCAUUGCUACUUCCGCCGAUACGAUCCAGUGGGAGAGCCAUGACCUACAGGGCAAGGGCAUGCCUUCUAUUGUCAUCUCUAUGUUGACCACCCAUGGUGCCUCUAUCUGUCUGGGUACCCUGGCCCGGGGAUGGCCUGCUGUAGCACGUCUAGCUACUACCACUACUACCCGCAGCAUUAUCACGGAUACUCACGAACGGAUGACGGCUAUACAAACCAUGAAGGACCCGGGCGAGCUGCUAGCAUACUACGCGAGUCAUGCGGAUAUGGACGCCCGUUCACUGGAGUCGACACUGCGCGCCUUGGGCCGUGCCACCAACCAGAGCCUGGUUCAGAGUGUCAUCAACGACGAACGCUUUCACAGGCUGCUUACCUCGAUAACUACCAAGCUGGAGAGUCUCGAUGCGAGAUCCAUCGCGCGUAUGGCUAACGCCCUUGGACUGUUCCCCAGCAGGAGCAGUCCAGAGAUGUUGGAGUGCGCACAGACCAUAUGCGAAGUGGCAGUUAAAAGAACGAACGCAUUCAGUCCGUCCUCGUUAGCAUCACUUGCGUUGGGCCUGGCAGUGCGAGGAGUGCAGACCCCCAAGUUGGUCGAGUUUGUGAGGAUGGAGACUAUGAAGAGUUUACAAGAUUUCGAUCCGGGCCAGAUGUGCAACAUUUUGGAGGCUUAUCGUCGGUGGAACGUCUUCAAUAGAGAGCUGGUCGAUAACGUGGUCGAACGAAUGACUGAUGAAGUCGACAGGUUUACUGGUAGGGACGUGGUGCUUGCCCUAAACGUGAUGUCCAAAUUGGCUUUGGCGAGAGGAUUCCUCCUGCGCCGACUCACGGGUCUCGCCUUCGACAAUCUGCCUCAAUUCACCGCCUCGCAACUGGUUCAGAUUAUGUCUAGUUUGGCCAAGUUACGGUUCCUCACGACGCCGGCUGCCGACGACAUAGUUGAUGCUAUUGGAAAGAGCAAGCAUAACCUGCCUACCACUCAAGUCAGCGAAGUCCUCUUCGCGUUAGCGCUGUCGGGCUAUGAGGGCUCAGAGACGACGAUGCAAAAGUUCAUCACGCAGUACAUGAAGGCAUUGGACUCUUCCUAUGUGACGCUGUCCUCGCUUACGGACGUAGCCUGGGCCCUGUGCUUUUCCCUUACUGAUGAUACAAGCGCUCUGGCAGAGGUCGUCAGGAGAAUCUAUGAGAUGCCGGCUCCUAAGAGUAGGGCGAUACUGUUGAAAAUGCACGAGGUGCAUAAUUCGUUGAUUCAUGAGUAUCCAGGAAUAGCCAAGAAGCAUCAAGUGCCGACAGCGUGGCUCACCUCGAUGGAGGAGAACGACAAGAUGGACCAGGAUAAGACCGACUCGUCCCGUCUCCACGCUGAGGUGUUGACCCUCCUUGACAAUGUCAAAGGAACCCAUGGUGUCCGCUCUCGGCUGUCCGUUGAGAGGAACGUUCCGAUUGGUCCGUAUCAUGUGGAUUUCUUUGAUGCGGCUACAGGACUGGUCAUCGAUAUAGACACUCCCAGCAGGCCGACCUCUAGGAAAAUGAGGCAUCGUCACAUCAAGCUGUUGCCUAAUACGACGUAUAAGACUAUGACUAUAAACUACUGGGAUUGGAGACGACAUAGUAGGAAAGAGGAGGAACAGAUGGGCUAUUUGAAGGCUCUAGUGAAGGAGGCUUUAGAAGGCCCGACAACUGAGCAAUUGUAG